GCAUUUUCUCAGCUUCUGAAAGCUUCCCGGUCGCCGGUAGAGGCCCUUCUUUUUCCAGUGUCACAUUGAGAUCUCGGCAACUUAGCGCCGCGACUUCUCACCGAUGGUCUUCAGCCCCGCACUUCGCCGUCGCCUGCUGCGCGGCAUGAGCUGCGCGGCGGGCGGGACAGCGGUGCUGGGGCUGGGACAAGUGGCCAAACUGCGAUGGCAAUACGAAUGCCCAGGGGAGCCCGUGGGGCAACGGCACGGCAACGCAGGAGCAGCUUUUCAAGGAAAGCCUUUGAAGCUUCUCUUCGUUGGAGAUUCCAUCGCAGUGGGUGUAGGCGCCAAAGUGGCUGCGCCUCUGCAGGCCGCCUGCGCGUGUCGCUUGGCCUCGCUGCAGCGGCGGCCCGUGGAGUGGCGCACCAUCGCGGCCAACGGCGCGGACGUGCGCGAGCUCAACGAGCUCCUGGAGCCAGGAAGCAAUGGCGACUCCCAGGUGGUUGACUUGGGCUUUGACAUUGCUGUGGUGCUCUGCGGUGUCAACGAUGGUAAGAAGUUUUGGCAAGGCAGAUGGCCUUCACACUUCAGGGAGGACCUGGCCGCCCUCUGCAACAAGCUGCGAAGGGCGGCGCCCGAUGGUGUGAUCACGGUGCCCAAUCUUUUAGGCCACGUUGAGGCGCCUCUAUUCCAGCUAUGGCCGAUGUGUCAUUUGGUCGACGUCCUUUUUGACCAGUUUGAAUCCCAAAAAAUGGCACUCGCUGAGUUGGGCGCUGUCAGGUGCUGGUUGCUGGAGCCGGGUGCUCGGAAGGUGCUGAGUACCGACCAGAAGCUCUGGUCCGUAGACGGUAUUCAUCCAUCGACUGAGGGCUACCAUCGGAUCGGUGAAUGGCUGGCCACCCACCUGGCUCAAAUGCGGCCGGUGCCAGCCAUUGAGUGAAGGCCUGCAAGUUUUAAGAACUUGCACGGUUAGCGCUGGCGGCGCUGUCAAGUGUAAAGAGACGGGCGCAGAAUGCUAAAAACAGCCAAUCAGGGCAAUGAUAUCCGCAGUGCCGGGACAACUGGCAUUUCAAACAGUUUUUAAUCACCAAAGUCAAUACUUUCGGACUUUGGACUUUGUAGAUGUAAUUCUUUGAGGGCAAAGGUGCUUAGCUGCCCUGAAUUCUGUCAUGAUCUGUGAUGACAACUCCCAAAAAGGUCUUCUGGACAGGCCGAUGCGGAGACCAAAAAUCUUUGGUCUGAGAAGGAUGCUUUUUGUGCCCAGAAUCUUUUGGAAAUCCCAAAGUCUUGAAUCACUGCAAAUGCUUGUGAUACCUGGAGGGUUUGGGAAACAAUGCCGAGAUUGGCGCACAAGGUUGCGCCUGAUAUAGCGGCUUAGCGUGGGCGGGAAAGGUUAGACACGAACACCGUGGUUCUUGUCACUGCACACGGCGGAGUCCCAAGC